AUGAAUAGAACAAUCAACGAGCCUUAUUUACCUGAUCCAGGUAGAACGGUGGAUAGAAGACAGAGAGCCUUUAGGAAUUUAGAUACGAGCCAUAUAGAUGGAGAUUGGGUUGAGGAGAGUCAGUACAAUAGACACAAUCACGGAAAGGGAGUUUUGGUUGGUAAUUGGCAAGAAGAGGCAACAAUUGAUACUAAUUUGCCAUCAAAACAAAAUAGAGGGCCACCUCAUCUCAAUGAACAACAACACUUCCGAAGGGGAAAGAAUAGUGCAACAGUGGCAACGGAUUUGACAGGCAAAACAACAACAUUCUUUGCUGAUUACAUUAAUACAACACCUAAGGAAAAGGAAAAAUCAACAAUGAUGAUUACUGGAAAUGACGAGGAAUUUAAGAAGAGUUUGAAUUCUCGUAAAUAUAAUCCACCAGCUCUUCCAAAAGAGGAAAAUGUAAUUGGUAGAAGAAAGAAAAUGGAAGAAAGACAAUUAUUGGAACAAGCAGCAAAAGAAUUGGAUCAACAAGAACAAUUGUACUCAGAAGCUCAUAAGAGAGCCGUUCUGGAGGAAUCUUACAAGACAACUUACCAUGUUGAACACGAACGAAACGUUCCACCUCUCUCAAACAGUAUGAUGAAAACAAAUGAAACUUACAAAUCAGACAUUCCAAUCACAUUCCACACAGAACAAGCCAAAAACCAAAAUCCCCUCAACUCUUUACUCCACACUAACAUUUACCAUUCAGCUCCAGUCUCCAGCACAAAUCCAUGGAAUAGAAAUACCACUUUUACUAAACCAAUCUCUGAAUACAGAGGAGGCACCACCAAGAAUUAA